AUGCCAGCCAUCAAGCGUGAGAGACCUACACCACUCCUCAAUCCCAGCCGCGGCGGCGGCGGAGGCGGUGGCAGCAGCAGCUCUCCAAACAGAGCCGCACACAGCCCACAAAGCGCCAACAGCAAACGCAGCAACAACAUGCCAGCCUGGGUCUUCAUGAAGCACGACAAGAUCCGCCACUACCUCCGCUGCGACGACGCAGAGCUCAAACUCCUCCUCGAAGUUGUGAACAUCUACAUGCGCGAACCCGACUACAACGGCUCCGUCCUCCUCGGCAAAGACCUCUGCCACUUCGACCGCGACGGAGCACAUCGAAAGAGGCUUUGGAGCAAGGUUGAAGGUCACGAUCCGCUGUUUCGCGAACUGCUUAGAGGGGAGCGAUGGCCGGUGGGACAGAAGCCGGUGGAUUUUGAGGAGGUGGUGGGGGAGGUGAAGAGGUGUCUUAAGACGAGGUGGGGGAGGGAGAGGGAGGCGAGGAGGGCAGCGAAGGAGGCGAGGAGGAGGGGAGAGCGGAGGGAGAGGGAGAGGGAGAGUAGUGCGGGUGAAGUCAUCAGUCUGCUCUCGGAAGAUGAGGAGGAUGGCGAGCUGGUCAUGAGUGGUGGUCUUGGCUGA